CACUGACGCAUGCGCGCCGCCGUCGACCGGUCGCGCCGAAUCCCGCGCAUUUUCGAUCUAUUUUAUUUACCCAUCGUGGACAAUCGGAAUUUCGUAAUCUGUGAUAGUGCUGUGCUGUGUUGUGGAGUGAAGUGCGAACUGUAAAGAUACCCGUGAACACUUUCACUGGACUGAAAGUUGAAAUUACGGAGCUCUUUAAAAAGGACCACACAAUUUCGGCGACAUAGAGAAUGCCAGUUACGUGAUAAACAGGCGAUAUUCGCGCGGCAACAUGUCGCCGGUCUGCCACAACUUCGUGCAGAACGCCUGGAAGAAGGACUUCUGCUCUAACUGCUUCAAGUCCCGCGAGGACCACCUCAAGCAAGACCGCACCAACGAGGGCAGCAAGUACAUCAACACACCCUUCCAGAACAGAAGCACCUUCUUCAAGAAAACACCACCCAGCAUACUCAAAACACACCCCAAGAAGAAAAACAAACGAAAUGUCAGAUUCCCUGAAGAGGUGAGCAGUGUCAUAGGCUACGGGGGCGACGACUGGUCUGAUGGAGAGGAAUUCGAAAUUUCAGAAGAAACUGAAGAAGAUGACACUUUCCCUGAUACAGAGGAAGAGAGAGAACUUCAUAAAGUCACCAAAUUGAACACAGAUUUUAACACGGUUAAAGCUAAUCUAUUGGGUGAAACUGCAAGCAAAUCUUACACCUCUUUACUGUUAGGGAAAAUGCAAACAGAUUCCGAUGGAAAGAAGAAGACUUUACUAGUCUCAGUUACUCCGUUUGGGCAAGAGAACAAAAGCCCAAAUGUAAAAUCGCAUGGUCGGAAACCCGCCGUUAUACACGUCACAGAUGCAUCCACCGAAGAAACUAAUAAUUAUAAAACCAAUAUCAUUCUGUCAUCAUACGUUAAAGAAACCGAAACUAUUAUACAAGCAGACAGCACAACAGAAAGUAUAUGUACUGAAAAAUCGCUGCUUGAAGAAAUAUCAGAAACUUUAGAACAGAACAGAAUCACAAAUGCCACCGAUCUUGGUUUCACACAAAAAGAUUGCACCAAGCCCACCGUAGUAGAAGGGAAGAUGAAGGAGAGCAUGCAAGAUGACUUCGACAAGAAAGAAAUGUGCGAGACCAAAAAGAAUGCGAUCGUGAGAAAAUCGCCAUUGCCUAAAACACAAGAAAGGCCUAAAGUAAAUCUCAGCCGAUCUGAAUUCAAAUUUUGUAAGAUUAAUGUUGAAAGCAGUAGUGUUGAUUCAGCGGUAAGCACUCUCAAUUCCACUGCCAACAAUUCUCUAACGUCAGACGACGAAAGUUUCAACGGCCGCACGGACUCCGAUAACGACGAUAGCGGCCAUUUCUCCGAAACGAAAUGUGAAGAGACAGUCAAGAUAAAAGUGUUCAACGAUACCGAUAAGAACAUCAAGAUGUCCCCGAUAGGGCAGCUCAGGAAAAUAGACGGGCAAGCUAGCAACGGCUACUCGACGUUCCAAAGUCCGAUUAUAGAUAUGCCACCGAUCGUGCCAAAGCCUCAUGACAACGUGUUUUCUGCUGAGGCUAGUAGGGAGUUAGCUGGCGAACCGGAUGGUAGGGCAGAUCCAGAUGAAACCACCGAAGCCCCUGCGUUACCUAAGAGCCCAAUGCCUACUAUGGAUCCUCGUCCAUCUUUCCUUCACGGAAUGAUUACUGAUAUAAUGUCUCCCAAACCUGCCGUACCUGAAAAGCCCAAGUUGCCGAUCAAGCCGGUUAUAAAACAAACAACUAAGAAAGCCGUCGUAACGCCGCAAACGGUUAUGCAUUUGCAAACUAAAGUGGAAGACGAUCGGUCGGCCCGAGCUAUUAGUGAGGAGAAAAAUAAUGAAAUAACUGAGGUGCACGAAGAAAAACCUGAACCGAUUUACUACGCGAAACCUGUUCUAACAAAGCAAGACAGUGACACGUCACUCAAUAGUCUUACUAAAUGUAAAGCACCGUCACCUCCAUCAUCGCCAUCAAUAGACGAGUAUCCGAACUUGUAUCAAAGGAAUACAAAUGGAUUCACCAAAUCUGACUCUCCUGUAGUAAGAGAAUUAGAGAAGCGAGAGCGAGCGACCAUGUCCUCGGCGACGCCUAAGGUGAAACCUGCUGACACUGUUGAGAUUAAGAAGGUUGAUGUCAUCCCAGAACCUGCCCCUAGAAGAAACAUAUCAUUGUCACACGAUAAUCUUCUCUUAGACGAAAAGCGCAAAGGCAAGCUAAAAUUCUCCAUCAAGAAACUCCUACGCAUAGGCUCAUCAAAAGACUUAGACAAGAAAGAGCUCAGCGUAGCAACAGUGGCGAAAGUAGCCCACAAACCCGAAGAAAUCUUUGAUUUAACACCGAAACCGAAGCCACGGCUGGUGAUCAUACAUCCGUUGGACAUAAACGGGUCGAAUGUUGAGGUCGUGAAGCCGAAUGAGAUAUCCGAGAUUCGUCGGAUGAGUCACGAUGACGUGUCGAUAUAUAGUGGGAGUAGUUCGGCAACUGAGGUCGAGACACCGAAGGUCGUAAACAAGCCCCCUCCCCCUCCAAGGCACUCGAGUGAAGAGACAAAGGUGGCCACAGUUCACAAGCCGGCCAGACCGCCGCCGCCGAAGUCGGCUGCUCUGCAAAAAAAGCAAAAACAGCAAGCGUGGACACCGCCAAACAAGAGCGACAAUAUUUAUGCGAAUCUAGGCGAGAUCCGGUCAGCCCUAGCCCCUAGAAAACCCGAACGCACAGCUAGCAUGCGAGAGCGAGAAGCUCACCUAGAGCUCCCCAAACGCAGGACUCCCAUAGACGACGAAAAAGACGACGACGGCCCCCAAGAACUCGUCCAAGCCACCAACGAAGCCGUCAUCCAUAAUUACGACGACGUUUACAACUCUAAUAAGUACGAGGAAACCUCAGAUUCCGCUAAAAACAGUGACAGCGAUUACGAAUACGUAAACCACGCACGUUCAAGCUCUCCCGAGUGUGAUUCCAAGCCAGUAGAGACGCGGAAAGACGAAAGCGUCGAAUACCCGAAAUACAACGGCUUCAGAUCCUCCCUCCCUUACUGCGGGAGCGAAACAGAAUCAGAAAUCUACUCCCCGUACAGCUUCUACAGUUCCAACGAUAACAUGGAUACUGGCAACGAGGAUUAUCAGAACGAGAUGACGCCAAAAACGACUACGAAUAAGCUGCGGGUGCGAAAGGGACGCAGUGUUGUGCACAGGAAUCUGGAGGAUAAUUACGGGGCCGUCGUUAUUGCUAACCACGAGGCGCUGGCGCAGGUUUUAGAGCAGGUACAGCAGAGUGCCACGAUGCAACCCUCUCUCCGCGGUCUCAAGGCCUGCACUAAUCUCCGCUGGAGCGACUUCGCCGUGCAAUCGUCGAAGACUGUGCGGGCGGGCAAGCGGCUGUUCUACCCUGCAAUUUGGAACUCUAGCCAAGGCCCAGUGAACGUCACGUUGAUGGUCCACAAGGAACAAACGGCCUCUCAACUCGUCUGCCAACAGUCGAUGCAGCCUCAGACCCUCAGCCUGAACGCUAUCACGGAGUUCUGCGACCUGGUGCCGCUCCAGCAGUUCGGAGAAGAAGGCGAUGACUUAGUGCAAGCAACCAUCGUCGUGCUAGCCCAAGCGCAGGUCGACACCCUCCAAACCUACGGGGAAUCCCUCCGCUCCGUCGAGAUAUCCACAAAAGAGUACCAACUAGUCCAAACCGAGCAGAUCCAUGAGGCCAUCUUCAUGAUGCUCCAACUCAUCAACGGCCUGAAGUGCCUCCAAGCGAGGGGGGUCGAAGAGAUCUCGGAGAGUUUAACCUCUUUUAUUUCGUUGAGGGAACAGCCUUGUGGGGCCAGCGGGAUAAGUUCGCCGACUCCGGAUGACAGGCUGAAUUCAUUGUCGGCGCCGAAGACGAACUGCUAUGGGAGAUUGUGCAUUUUACAAGGAUUAAGCGACGACAUGAACAAAUCAACACCAGACGCCCACCUCAACUCUCUCUGCAAGUGCGCCAUCAAAGCCCUCGAAAUCAUCCUCCCAAGCGAGAAACUUACCCCACUACUCAAGGAAGUCCUACAAGAAGAACGAGCGAUCUCCCUAAACCAAGCAAAAUCAGUCUUGGAAUUCAUGCUGUGGGGUCCUUUAGAUGUCGUUCAAGGCGUCCCUGUGGAUGACCGCGAAUUGUCUCUACAAAGAUGGCUGGAUUUAGAAAGAGCGACGGUUUUACACGGGUUGGUGAGAACCAGAGUCCAACUGAAUGUGUUCGAGCAGCUGCAUUUGAUGUUCUUAGUGCGAUCCACGGCUAAGACGAUGUGCGAUGCGUCGGUACUUUUAGAAAAGGCCAAUGUGUAUUGAUGUAUAUUUUUUAGCUUUACGAGUGCGCAUCUGAAAUUUUAAAUGUAUAGCCGUAUAGUUUUGAAGGGCAUUGAAAAUAAGUUGGGCGCCAUUGAAAACUUUCAUUGAGAAAGUCUGGCUAAAGUAAAAGUAGGUACCUAUACAUUAUUUUGUAAAUAACGUAACAAUUAUUUUCAUUCCCUUUUGAGUAAAACUAGUUUCGAAAAUCGCUCUUAUUUACAUAAAAGAUUGUAGAUAAAUGAAUAAUAGUUUUUAACAUUGUACGUAAUUAUUUCCAAGUAAUUUGUGUCGGUGUGAAUGUCAUUUCAAUUUAUUAGUUGUAAUAUUGAGAGUGUAAUUAAGAAUAUAAAAAUAAUUUUCAAGCACAGAGCACAAUACUCAUGUUUUUUGGACCACAGAUGCGUACUAUCUUUAAUCUUAUUAAGUUAAGCCCUUAGCUUAGUAGGCACCUGAAAGACUUUGUUGUUAAUUUUAAUUGUUUUGAAAUUGUUUGACCCCCAAAUCAUUUUAUUGUUAAUUAUAAAACAACCAUAAUAAUAUGACUUAUAUUUGCAAAUUUUACCGAAUAUGACUGAUUUAAGUCCAACAAAAGAGCUUAUAAAACUUAAAUAUUAAAGUCACAAAUAGCAAAGAAAGUUAUAAUAUUUUUCAAGAAUAAAAAGUUUAUAACUUUAAAUGCAAUUGUGACAUUUAUCGGUAAAAGCCACUUUGCCAAUAUGGAUAAGUAUUGAUAACCAAAUAUGUAGUACAUUUUUACAAAAAAAGAGACAAAAAUAUAUGUAAUAAACCAAAAGGGGGUAAAACGUUCAAAAUAUUAAUUUAAUAAGAUUUUGACUUUAAAAAUAGGUGCCAAGACAGUACUGAAAUUCUAUAUACUCGUUUUAUCUAAUCUGGUGCCUUAUCUACUCUAGUAUAUAAGCGUUGUGUACAUUACUGCAUGUAUUUAUAUAUUUCACGAGCUUGGUGGGAAGUUCAAAGUUUAUAUAUCGUGUUAAGAUGUCGAAUAUAAAUCUAAAUAUUUUA